AUGAUCAAUGGUAUCAUGAGCGAUGGUAUCAUGAUCGAUGGUAUCAUGAUCGAUGGUAUCAUGAUCGAUGGUAUCAUGAUCGAUGGUAUCAUGAUCGAUGGUAUCAUGAUCGAUGGUAUCAUGAUCGAUGGUAUCAUGAUCGAUGGUAUCAUGAUCGAUGGUAUCAUGAUCGAUGGUAUCAUGAUCGAUGGUAUCAUGAUCGAUGGUAUCAUGAUCAAUGGUAUCAUGAUCGAUGGUAUCAUGAUCAAUGGUAUCAUGAUCAAUGGUAUCAUGAUCAAUGGUAUCAUGAUCAAUGGUAUCAUGAUCAAUGGUAUCAUGAUCAAUGGUAUCAUGGUCGAUGGUAUCAUGAUCAAUGGUAUCAUGGUCGAUGGUGUCAUGGUCGAUGGUAUCAUGAUCGAUGGUAUCAUGAUCGAUGGUAUCAUGAUCGAUGGUAUCAUGGUCAAUGGUAUCAUGAUCGAUGGUAUCAUGGUCAAUGGUAUAAUGGUCAAUGGUAUCAUGAUCGAUGGUAUCAUGAUCGAUGGUAUCAUGAUCGAUGGUAUCAUGAUCGAUGGUAUCAUGGUCAAUGGUAUCAUGAUCGAUGGUAUCAUGAUCGAUGAACAUGCCCUGCUGCCUUUGUCCACGUCCAUGUCUCUGUUAAACAGUGAUUUAAACUGA